AAAUUUCUAGUUUUCUCACUCUGAGUCAUACCUUUAAGAAAUUUCUCUCACUUGAUGUGGUUUUUGUCGGUCUCUGAGAUGUUGGGGAAAUCAAACCUGGUUCUUCUGUUUUUGUGGAUCUCUGGUACUGAUGCUCGUAUUUGGGCCUGGAUGCUUAAUAUGCCUCACAGCCCUCCCAAAGAAGGACCUAAAGCUCUUAGAGAGAGCACUCCUGUGGCAAAAGCAUUCACGGGCCUGCCGGCUGUGUGUGACAGUGACAGAGCUUGUGGACGUGGUUUCUCAUGCGAUCGACACUUCAGUGUUUGCGUGCCUUUACGCGGAGAGGGCCAGUACUGUAGAAGGGAUGCUCAGUGUGUCCGUGGACUCAAAUGCAUGUUUGGAAGGUGUCACCGCAGCAUUCCCAUUGGACAAGAGGGGUCCAGAUGUAAAGCUGACAGAGACUGUGGGGCUUCGAUGUGUUGUGCUCGUCAUCAUGGUGAGAUGGUAUGCAAGAAGCAGCUGGUUCUUAACGAGAGUUGCUAUGUUCCUGACGGCGGCCUGGCCUUCAGCAUCAACCAGAUCUGCCCAUGUGAAGAGGGUCUGCUUUGUCGUGAAAGCAGCAUAAAGCAUCGCAGAGAGAGGGACUUUAUUUACCUACCAGAAUGGACAAGCUGGACCUGCCAAAUUCCCAAACUUUAAAAUAGAACCCCAAGGCUAGAGUUAUUUAUUAUGUAAAUAUAAUGUACAGAAGAAAUGUUUGUAUUUUCUUUCAUGAUGUCUUAAAAUGUGCUAUU